AUGCAAAGAAUCUGUGCAAAGAGUUUGAAAGUUGACGGUAAGCUGAAUAAAGCUAGGACGUUUACUGGUUGUUGGGCCUGUCGUCUUAAGAAACGUAGAUGUGACGAAUUAAAGCCCACCUGUUCACUAUGCGUGAGGCAUGGCGAUACGUGUUCCUAUGAUAUUAGAUUGAUGUGGCUGGAUGUCAAUAUGUUUAAAGUGGACACCUCCAUGAGUGGUGGCGCUGAAUAUGUCACAUUUAAUGAAAGUCAACAACGAAGAUGUAACAGAUUUAUGAUUAGUAAGACUAAGAAGCAGGGCAGGACAAAUAAUGAUAAGGGUAAGAUUUCCAAGAGUAAAUUUAAAAGACUAGUAUUUGAUGCAGAGAAUCAAUUGUCGCCUCCAAAUAGUGAUGGUGUUGAGGACGAGGAACAAUUUAAAAAAAGUAACAACGUACAAGUUAAGAAGAGCUCGACUUUCACAAUUAGCGUGAGACGUUUGAAAAUAUAUAACAAUGCUGUUGAAUCAGUGUAUGGGAGUAAUUGUAAUGACUAUGGCCAAAAGAAGGUGAAUUCGAAAUUAAAUGAGUUAUUGGGUAAUCUUGAUGCUUCAAUGGAGAAUAUGAAGAAAACUAAUAAGAGCAAAUCAUUUUUCAUUUUGAAACAAGGUCCGUUUAAUGCAUUUCCUGUCAUUAAAGAAGAUGAACUGCCAGAUACACCUCAUUCCUUGAAUGACCUUGACGUUGAUAUUAACCUUGCCACAAUUUCAAAUGAGAUACUUACAAAACAAGAACAAUCAUUAGUAUCAUUAUUUGAUAAUGAAGAAUGUGCAGAUCUUACUUGGAUCGAAAGGGUACUUUGGUUAAACUGUCAAGAAAAUAUGAUUUUGAAAAGAGAAGAAUAUUCCCAAUGGUUUUUAAAUUAUUUACAAACUGCCUUCUCCAACAAAUUUAUCAAGAUGCUAACCAAACUUAUUGACAUGACAGAAAGCUUGCAAUAUUGGCUGGAUGCCAUUAUUAAUCAAUGGCAAAACAAUUCAGAUUGGCAAGCUGUUGCAUUUACCAUCUUGGUUGUCCUCCAUGGGUAUGAUUCCUGUCCACAAUUGACAACCGAAUUAGAGAAUUGGUUUAUGAGAUUAAACAAGGUGAAUUACUCCAUGUACCCAUUAAUAAAUUUUAUUAUUAGGAAUACAGAGUCCAUUGACAUAUUAUAUCACUGUAAUCGAUUAUUAGCCACAAAUGGAAUCUUACAGGAUACAUAUCAAGACGAAUUGACUUACGAAUUACAUGUUUUAGUAAGUGAUAAGUUAGUGACUAAAUGGAAGGAUAGAGUGUUUGAACAGUUAUGUUCAUGUGAAGAUACAAGUCAUUCAUGUUCUCAAUUAAAGUAUUGGGAAUUACGAUUGAAAUGUAAUGAGCAAUUUUAUAAUGAUGUUUAUUUAGACGUGUAA